AUGCCCGCUCAAGUGCAACCUUCAAUUGAAGCAUUGACCAAAAUCAUUGCUUCCAAUACCGAAACUCCUGCUCCAAAUCUUUACCCAAUCUACAAAUAUGUCGCAUAUAACGACAUCAGUACCCAUCAGGCUUACUUGAAAUUAGCUAAGUUGAACGAUCCAAAGCGUUCACCUUCUUUCCUUUUUGAAUCAUCAAUUAAAGGUGACACCGUCGACAGAUAUACUUUUAUUGGGAUCAACCCAACCAAGAUCAUCAAGACUGGUGAUGACGCUAGUAAGUAUUCUAGUGAGUUCUGCAAUGUUGAUCCUAUAACUGUAUUAGAAAAAGAGUUGGAUGGAUUCAGACAAGCUAGUUUACCAGGAUUACCUAAAUUCAGUGGUGGUGCAACUGGUUACAUUUCCUAUGACUGUAUCAAAUAUUUCGAACCAAAGACAAGAAGACCAUUAGAAGAUGUAUUACAAUUGCCAGAAGCUGUAUUGAUGUUGUGUGAUUUGGUUAUUGCUUUCGACCACGUUUUCCAAAGAUUCCAAAUCAUAUAUAACGUUAGGGUGGAUGGUGACUCUAACUUGGAAGAAAAUUAUAAACAAGCCGUAGCACAAAUUGAACAAGUUGAACAAACAUUAUUGGCUGAUGUUUCUCCAGAACAAUACAACCCAGUUCAAGGACCUAUCAAAAUGAACCAAAAUUUCACAUCCAACAUUGGUCAACAAGGUUACGAACAACACGUUACUACUCUAAAGGACCAUAUCUUAAAGGGAGACAUUAUUCAAGCCGUUCCAUCGCAAAGAAUUGCACGUCCUACUUCCUUACACCCAUUCAACAUCUACCGUCAUUUGCGUACCGUCAACCCAUCCCCAUACUUGUUCUACAUUGAUUUAGUUGAUUUCCAAAUCAUUGGUGCCUCGCCAGAAUUAUUAGUCCAGUCAGAUAGUCACGGUAGAGUAGUGACCCAUCCAAUUGCUGGUACCAUGCCAAGAGGUAAGACUAACGAAGAAGACGAAGCUAACGCCGAAAUCUUGCGUGCCAGUUUGAAGGAUCGUGCCGAACACAUUAUGCUUGUUGAUCUUGCUCGUAACGAUAUUAACCGUGUAUGUACACCCACCAGUAACAAAGUUGACAAGCUUUUAACCAUUCAGAGAUUCUCCCAUGUCAUGCACUUGGUUUCUGAAGUUAGUGGGACCUUGAGAGACGAUCAAACUAGAUUUGAUGCAUUUAGAUCGAUUUUCCCUGCUGGGACCACAAGUGGUGCUCCAAAGGUUAAAGCUAUGGAGUUAAUUGCUGAAUUAGAGAAGGAAAAGCGUGGUGUUUACGCCGGUGCUGUUGGUCAUUGGGGGUAUGAUGGUAAGACCAUGGACACUUGUAUUGCCUUAAGAACUAUGGUGUACAAAGACGGUGUAGCAUAUUUACAAGCUGGUGGUGGUAUUGUUUUCGAUAGUAACGAAUAUGACGAAUACAUGGAAACCAUGAACAAAAUGAGGGCCAACAACAAUACAAUUGUUGAAGCUGAAAACAUUUGGGCAGAAAAAGUUGGUCAAAUAGAGUAA